CCUAGAUUUUAUGCCCAGGCAUACCAAGUUUUAGAAGAAAGCAGCAGAAGCAAAUUGCCCCCGAGGCCCCGAGGCCCGAGCAAUAAGCUAAGCUUGCCUGACAUUCACGAGAGAGCAGUAGCAGCUCCAGCGACGUAGAGGAAACCUGCAAUCUUUUAGAUCCUCCCAUGGCCGCGCUCAGUUCCUCUGCUCCUUCCAAAACUUUGGCACUUCAUGCCUCGGUGGUCGUCGUUUCUCCUUGCCGCUGCGGGAACAAACCGGCGAUCGCCGCAUCGGUCCCUCGACGACGGCGAGGUCUUGGCGGCUUAACGACGAACUCUUCAGGCAUGAACAGCGCCCGCUUCCCGCCGAUCAAAGGAUCAGCGACACGAAUUUCUGCGGCUGACCCUGGAAGUACUCCCAGCCCAGUUCCGUCAGGCGGAAACCUCCCCAUUCCCGGCAUUCCUCCAUGGGCCCAGUGGUUGGUUGGUGCAAUCGUGUUCGCGGUGCCUCUUUACAGACAGUUCAGAGCGAUGGAAGAUAAGAUAGAGAAGACGGCGGAGGUGGCGAUCGAGGUGAUCGACAAGGUGGCAGAGGAGACGGAGAAGAUCGCCGACGAGGUUGCCGACAGGUUCCCCGGCAAUGAAACGCUCAAGAAGGCAGCAUCGAAGAUUAAGGCGGUCGCGGAGGAGAUCGAGGAAGAUGCUGAUAAAGCCGAGGCCCUGAUCGAGAAGGUUGAUGAGAUAAUGGAAGAGAUGGAUUCCAUAGUUGAUUCAAUAAUCGACAAGGACAAGAAGAAGAAGAAGUAAGAACUGUAUAGAUAUAUACGGAGCUCAAGGAGAGGAGAGAAAUAAGAGAGAACCAGCGAGCGAUUGUCUCCAUUCGCAUGUUUAUCGAAGCUCGUCGCGUCGUUUCUUGUCAUGUGCUUGUACACGGUCGCCGAAAGGAACCACGCCAUCGAAGCCAAAUAAACCAAUCAAGGAUUUUGUCAAUAAAUACUAGUAUAUAUUUUUGUUCAUGUGCUGUCACUGUAGUGAAACGAUAAAAGAACGGUUUGGAAGAGUUUCUUCAGAAA